AUGGCUAGUAUCAUUCCUGCCAAACUCACUCCCCUUGCUCAUACCAUUACUACAGGCCCGAUUGUCCGUAUAGCACCAAAUUGGUACAGCAUCUCCGAUCCCUCGGCUACAAGGAUAAUCUACGGUCAUGGCUCUAAGUAUCUAAAGUCGGAAUGGUACGAUGCCUGGAAUUUUAGCAGCGACCUAAGUUUGACAAACCUGUUCUCCGAGAGGUCCUCUAAAAAGCAUGCAGAGGAUCGCAAAAAGGUCGCCUCGUUAUAUUCAAUGACCUCAUUGGUGGCAUAUGAGCCAUUCGUGGACAACUGCAUCGAUAUUUUCAAGCAGCGACUGGAUGAUUUUGCAACGAGGGGCCAGUUCAUUGAUAUGGGUCAUUGGCUGCAGUGUUAUGCUUUUGAUGUCAUCGGAAAGAUUACUUUCGGUGAUCGGUUCGGGUUCCUCGAUGCGGGCAAAGACGUAGGAAAGAUGAUUGAAUUCCUCGAUGGCUCCUUGACGGCAAGCUCCUAUUUCGGCUUGUAUGUCUGGCUAUAUCCAAUGUUCAUGAAGGUUGGCAAGUACCUAGGCAUGGAUCAAAGCUAUGGGAAUAACUUCAGCUCCCGACACAUCCAGGAGGCAAAAGCAAUAAUGAAGAACUAUCACGCUGAUCUGCCGACUCAUAUGACUAUGAAGGUCCUUCUAGCCCAAGCACAGAAUCCGGAGAAAUUUUCCGACUACGAUAUACUUGCCACCGCUGGCUCGAAUGUUGGAGCGGGAAGUGAUACCACUGCUAUCAGCUUAAGCUCAGUUCUGUACCAUUUGCUCCAUGCCCCUGCAUGUAUGGAGAGACUGCGAGCGGAGAUGAACUCAUCUGGGAUCACUGGCAACCCCACAUUCAAAGAGACACAGGAAAUGCCAUAUCUUCAGGCCGUUAUGAAAGAGGCCUUGCGUGUUCACCCCGCUACAGGAUAUCCAAUGUUCCGCGUUGUUCCCCAGGGUGGGGAGGUACUUGCCGGCCAAUUCUUCCCAGAAGGAACAAAUGUUGGGGUAAACAGUUGGGUCUCACACUACGACACAAAUAUCUAUGGACUGGAUGCAGCUACCUUCAGACCUGAACGAUGGCUCGAAGCGGAUGAACAGCAGUCAAAAUUGAUGGAGCAAAACUUCAUGCCGUUUGCGCCACUAUCUCAGUACUUUGAUUCUCCCAAGCGACAACCCCCCAGCGACAUCAUGGAAGUCUCAAAACCCGACGCGCCCACGGCAGAUUCUACCCUCGAAGCCCUUGGUUAUACAGCAGAACUGUCCCGCAACCGAUCAACAUGGCAGGUCGUGUUCAUGUGCUUCAUCCUUGCCUCCGUGCCAUAUGGCUUGUCCACCACCAUGUCGUACGCCUUGAUAGGUGGAGGCUCGGCCAAUAUGAUCUGGGGCUGGAUUGUCGUUUCUCUGAUCAUGAUGUGCGUAGGCGUUUCUCUAGCUGAAAUCACCUCGGUAUAUCCCACUGCUGGUGGUGUCUAUUACCAGACUUUUGCCCUCUCGCCAGCCUGGUGUCGUCGCGCCACGGCUUGGGUGUGUGGUUGGUCUUUUGUCGCUGGUAAUAUCACUAUCACGCUGGCUGUUAACUUUGCGACCGCGCUGUUCUUCGUCGAAUGUUUGAAUGUUUUUGAGGAUUCUACUGGUACUGGUAUUGCCGCCGAUAUGCAGACUUAUCAGACUUAUCUUAUUUUCGUCGCCAUCACUGUUCUCUGUCAUGCUAUUCCCACUUUCGGGAAUAGAUGGCUCACCCAUAUCGAGACCUUUGCUAUCUUCUGGACCAUUAUUGGAGUGACAGCUAUCCUGAUUACCAUCCUGGUUGUCGCGCAUAGCGGACGCCGAUCUGCUGAAUUUGUCUUCACCUCGUUCGAGCCCCAAUCUGGCUGGCCAGAUGGUUGGUCAUUCUGUAUUGGUUUGCUCCAGGCUGCAUAUGGUCUUUCGGCUACUGGAAUGGUCACAUCCAUGUGCGAGGAGGUCCGUCAACCAGCCAUCCAGGUUCCCCGGGCUAUCGUCGGUGGUGUUGCUCUCAACGCCCUGGCCGGUUUCGCAUUCCUCAUUCCUAUCGCAUUUGUGCUUCCGGAUGUUGCCAUGCUCGCGGCUCUCCCGUCGGCUCAGCCUGUUCCGACUAUUGUGAAGUCUGCGACUGGCAACUCCGCGGGUGCAUUCUGUCUCCUGAUUCCAUUGAUUGUCCUCGGACUGAUCUGUGGGAUUGGCUGUGUCACUGCUACGUCUCGGAUCACUUGGGCGUUUGCUCGUGAUGGCGCCAUUCCCGGCUCCGGCUGGUGGAAAAAUGUAAAUGGGCGUCUGCAGAUUCCAUUGAACUCAUUACUGCUUGGAAUGGGCAUUGAGCUGCUUCUCGGAUUGAUCUACUUUGGUUCAAGUGCUGCUUUCAGUGCGUUCUCCGGUGUCGGUGUCAUUUUCCUGACAAUGAGUUAUGCAUGCCCUGUCGCGGUGUCCUUGAUUCUUCGCCGCCGUAAGGACCUUGAGCGUGGUUCUUACAAUCUUGGAUUACUCGGCACCUUCUGCAACGUCGUUUGCAUUGCUUGGUGCCUACUUGCUAUCCCACUCUUCUCCAUGCCGACGAGUAUUCCCGUCACAAAAGACACAAUGAACUAUGCCUGUGUUGUGUUUGUCGGGUUCGUGGUUAUUUCGGGAGUGUGGUAUGGAGUAUGGGGUAAGAAGAACUAUAUCGGUCCCGCACUCGAAGAGAUCGAUGGUCAAUUACAAGCCGGUGACCACUCAGACAUCGAUAUCGCCCCGAACAAGUGA